UAAACACACACACACACACUUUAUACAAAGACAAAGCUCAUAGAUCAAACCCACCUUGAACAAAAAAAAAAGAAGAAAAGAUCAAACCCACCAACCGAAGCUUCUCAUAUAACGAAGGAGAAGAUGUUAAUGGAAGAAAAGCUUGUGGUUAAGGAGCUGGAGAAAGGGAAAGAGUUAGCGAAUCAGCUGAUGAACAAUUUCAAAAACCCUUCCUCGUCUUCUAAGGAUUCAAAUGAGGUUUUGAUAUCGGAGAUCCUCAGAUGUUUCGAAAACACAAUAGCUAGGAUGAUGAGUCUUGAAAAGAAAACUCUUAAGAGAAGCCAUGAGAGAAGUAAUCAGAGUAACAAGAAGAGCAGAAUGCUGGAGAAGAAAAAGACGGAGAACGUGAAGAUUUGUGUCGGAACAGGACAAGAAGGAACUCCACUUGAUGAUGGUCACUGCUGGAGAAAAUAUGGUCAGAAAGAUAUUCAUGGAUCCAAGAACCCUAGAGGAUACUAUAGAUGUACACAUCGGUUCACAAGAGGUUGCUUGGCGGUGAAGCAAGUUCAAAAAUCAGACAUAAACCCUAUGUGCUAUGAAGUCAAGUAUGUAGAGAGUCACACAUGUGAUAUCACUCCAUCAAGCACCAAACACUCUCUUCCUGUGUCUCAAGAAGAAGAAAGAAAGCUACAUGAUGCAAAGCAGUGUGAAGACACGAUGAAACACAUGAAACCUGAAGAGUUGAGGUUAAGUAUUGAAGAUCUUGAUUACAAGAAGGAUAUCUUCAGGACGUUUUCAUUCUCAAAUCCUGAGAUGGAUGAUGAUUUCGUGGAAUGGAAAGAUCUGAUGGAGAAUCUGUCACCUACAACCUCAGAAUCUGGAAUCACCAACGAGUUUCAUAUUUCGCCAACGGAUGAUUCAUGUUUCUCUUCUUUGGAAAACAUUCUCGGUUCAACUCAAGAUUUGUCGUGGAUGUAAUACGUACUUAAUUCUUAUUGUGUAGAACGUUUAGUUUUAGUCCUAGACUCCUAGUUUUCAAGUGGAAGAACAACGAUUCUUCCUCUGUUUUCUUAGACCAAUGUGAUACUACUUAGACAAAAAAUAAAUAAUACACAAUGAUCUAUGUGAUGUCAAA